ACUUUAAACACAAUAUUGCCAGUUACUGUGCAUUUUUGCUCAGUCACAAAAAAAUGCUCCAAACAAAGCCACCACAGAAUCAAGUGUUGUGUCCUUUGUAGAUGCUGGGACAGAGAUUGCUUUUGUGUUGGACGGCUCUGGUAGCAUUACACCUGACAACUUUCAGAGAGCUAAAGACUUCAUCUACAAUGUCAUGUCCAAUGUUUGGAAAACAUGUUUCAAUUGUGACUUUGCGAUAGUGCAAUAUGGUCUGGAGAUCAGGACCGAGCUCUCACUGCUAGACAGUAAGAAUCAUGCCAGAGCUUUGCUAAAGGUCAAAGAAAUACAGCAACUUGGCAAGCUCACAAUGACCGCCUCAGCCAUCCAUCAUGUCCUCACAGAUAUUUUCAUCCCUGAGAAUGGAUCAAAAAAGAACUCCAAAAAGAUAAUAAUUGUAUUGUCUGAUGGGAAAAUUUUGGGAGACCUAAUGAAUCUUACAGAUGUUCUGAACAUGCCACAAAUGAAAGGUGUCACUCGCUAUUCCAUAGGAGUUGGUGAAGGCAUUCUGUCUGAACCUGAAGCAAUUCAAGAGAUGACACAAAUAGCAGAUCCUGAGAAGUUUUUCAGUGUUUCCAAUUAUGCCGCAUUAGAUGACAUUCAGUCCUCACUGGAACAAAGUUUAAUUGGAGCUAAAGAUGCUGGGACAGAGAUUGCUUUUGUGUUGGAUGGCUCUGGUAGCAUUGAACAUGACGACUUUCAGAGAGCUAAAGACUUCAUCUACAAUGUCAUGUUCAAUGUUUGGAAAACAUGUUUCAAUUGUGAUUUUGCGAUAGUGCAAUAUGGUCUGGAGAUCAGGACCGAGCUCUCACUGCUAGACAGUAAGGAUCAUGCCAGAGCUUUGUUAAAGGUCAAAGAAAUACAGCAAAUUUUCAAUAUCAAAAAGACCGCCUCAGCCAUCCAUAGUUCUGUGUUUAGCAGAUCAUGA